CCCCACUCACUACUGUCAUGACCAAAUCCCCCGCCCAGGCGCUCCUCGACAAGGCCGACAAGAAAGCCGCCUCGUCUUCUGGAUGGUUCUCCUCCUCCAGUACGAAGUUUGAGGAAGCUGGAGACUUGUACCAACAGGCGGCCAACCUGUUCAAGAUCGACAAGCAGUUCAAGGAAGCGGGUGACGCAUUCGCUCGCGAAGCUGAAUGCCGUGAGAACUGUAAGGAGGUCAAUGAAGCCUCCAAUGCAUGGUGGAAUGCCGCCAAGGCCUACAAGCGUGGAUAUCCCGAACUCGCCAUCCAGGCGCUGACCCACACCAUUGUUCAUCUCACGCAAUCAGGGCGUUUCCGCCAAGCUGCAGACAGGGAGAAAGAGAUUGCCCAGAUCCAUCUCCAGGAGAAUAAUGAUCUUCGGAAAGCUUGCGAAAGCUUCGAGAGAGCUGGAGAGUGGUAUGCGCAAGAAGACAACAGCGCCACGGCCAAUGCCUGUUUCAAGGAUGCCGCAGAUCUUCACGCUGAUCUUGAGGAAUACCCUCACGCUAUCAGUCUGUAUGAGCAGGUUGCUAACCACUCCUUGAGCUCAGCCUUGACCAAGUACAAUGUCAAAGAGUAUUGGUUGAGGUCCGGGAUGUGCUCCCUUGCCAUGCAGAAUGAUACCGUCUCAGCCAAGAGAAACGUCACCAAAUACACAAAUCAGGACCCUUCCUAUGCGAGCACCCGUGAAGCCAAAUUCCUCCAGGCGUUAAUUAGCGCUGUGGAAACCGGCGAUGCUGAGGCGUUCACUGGGGCGGUUGUCGAGUUCGACCAAGUGACGAAGCUGGACAACUGGAAGACGAGCAUGCUGCUCAAGAUCAAGCGCUCGCUGCAAGAAGUCGAGGUCGACACCGGUAUCAUGUGAACGGGACAUUUAAUCCGUCUCCGUAGGACUGUACACUACUAUAUAAUUUAUACGUGGUCCAAUGGACGUGCCUUAGCUCUAGACGUCAUCGGGUUGCUUCGGCCGACGCCUGUCCUUCCUCAACCUCUCGCGUCGUCGCGUCGAUGGCGAUCGUACUAUAUGUCUUGCUCCGGGGUUUACACUUCAUACACUCUUUAGUGGCAUUCUUUUCCGCCCUCCGACUCCGCUUCUUCGUGUCUUUACCUCUGCCACUCUCUGCGACACGUAGGAGAACUCCACGUCAUCUAGCCCUAAUAGUCGUCUCCAACCCCCACGACGGCCGCAAACUCACUCAGGACUACCUGCUAGAGACUACAAAACGCCUCGUGACUUGGUGCCCUGCCGCAAAUAUCGAGAAAUGCACGGUCUACGACUAUGAAGACCUCCUCUCUGAUUCUGUGCACGAAAUCGCACCGAACGCGUUGGCCCAUGACACGGAUUCAGACUCAGACACUCAGUAUCCUUUAACACCACCUCCCUCUGAACAUUCCGAAUCUCGGCCAUUGUCGCCGCAGAACGAUGGGAAUGUGUGCGCGGUUACUAUCCGAAUUCCGGGCAGUCCGCGCCAACGGCGUUUGUCAAAGUCCGGUCUUCGAGAACGACAUGCUUCUCGCUGCUCGGCUCGACCGCUGACUCUGUGCAUCGCAUCGCGGCAAUGCUCGAAACCUGCGCUUGCAGUAGCAGCUGUGUCCCUUGCUCGCCAACAGAAAAAGACGGGGCAACCGUCAGAUGUAACAGUUGAGGCGCUAACAUCUGUCUUGGAAGGUCCAGGGUCUGUAACCGCGCCGGACUUCCUAAUCGUGUACCACUUGAAACCCUCGCCGUCGAACCAACCGCCUUUGGAAUUGCACGGUUUUCCGCCCUGGCAAAUCAGGCUGACCGAAAUAUACCAUUGCUGUAAACGCCGCUCAUUGCUUCGACGCGUGUGGAACCUCAUCAUGCGGAGGGCCGGCGAGAGCGGCUCGCAGCUUAUGUCUGAGCUGGAUCUGCGAGCUGCAUUAGAUGAGUAUGCAGAUGCUGAGAUGAGGUUCGGGCGCUAGACUCGUAGAAUGCUUGAACUUGUAGAGUAUUCGACUCAUUGGCCCAGUCUUUGCCCGAUCAUUCUUCCGCUUCAACGACGAACGUGAGGGAAAUCAUCGAUGAAGAUCAUCAGGCUGUGCUUCGACAUACGAUUCAUAUAAAUAAGAACGACCCUGAACGUCCCGGCGCAAUUUCAAGAGCGAUGUCCCUCUCGAGCAAACCCAACAGCAAGAUCCAGUACUCUACCGAGACCGAAGUCAUCAGCAGAGUCAAGAAACGGAUCGUGGUGUGCUGCGAUGGAACUUGGCAAGACGGCGUCUCGACCGCCAACAGACAGGCUUACACCAAUAUUCUCCGUCUAGCACGGACUGUGAACCAUGAAGACACCCGUUUCGACCCGCCUAUUCCGCAGAUUGUGUUCUACCAGUCUGGGAUCGGUUCGGACAAGGGAUUCUAUUCCGAAUAUGUCGUCGGGGUCACCGGAUCCACCUUAGCGGACAAGGUCGAAGAGGCAUACUCGUUCAUUGCGCACAACUAUUUCCCUGGCGAUGAGAUUUUCCUCUUUGGCUUUUCGCGCGGAGCCUACACCGCUCGAAUGGUCGCGAUGUUCAUUAACUCGAUCGGUGUUCUGAAUCGAACAGACAUGGACUAUUUUGCGGAGAUCUUCCUGACUUACCAGAAAUUGGGAAAGAGCGGGGAUCAUGAAGAGACUCAUGCACUGCGCGAAAAGCUCGCGACGUGGACAAGCCACACCUCGCCAGGCAAAGUUCGGGCCGUGUCUGCCGAAACGAAGUUUUCUGUCAAAUUCCUGGGCGUGUUCGACACUGUUGGAAGCCUGGGCAUGCCAGAAGAGAUCUCCCAUCGCUCGGAACACGUGCGAAACAUUUUUGGAUUCAACGACCGGGUACUCGGCGAUCACGUGCAGUAUGCCUACCAGGCGCUUGCUCUGAACGAAAAUCGCGAAGAUUUUGACUGCUGCAAAUUCGAACAAUCGGCUGCCGGACUGGCCAAAGGUCAAACCCUCCAGCAAUGCUGGUUCACGGGUUCGCAUGCUGACAUCGGCGGCGGAUAUACGCAACACGAUCUGUCUGAUCUGACUCUAUUUUGGAUGGCUUCCAAUCUCGAAAAACAUUUGUCUCUGGACUAUAAAUACCUGGGCUCUCUUCCACACCCGAGCGCGCCGUGGGGCGCGCUUCCUGCCCACAACACUGAUGUGGGUGUUUUCGCCCUCGCGAAAACCAUCCAACGCAAGCUCCCGACCGAGACGGAUAAUAUCACCCACGAAAUGAUUCAUGCUUCUGUUAUUCAACAGAAGACGUUGACCAGUGCGAUCAGCGCUGACCUAGCGGCGCACCCGGAGCUCAUUGCCCCUCUUGCCCCGCUUGAAGAUGCCCUGCGCCAUAACUGGAGCCUGCUGCCCCCGGCAGAGCGCGACCCGAGCAUCCCGCUCGGCACAACUGCCAAGGAAGUAGCGACGACCACAGACACCGGACUCACUACCGAGUCCGGGCAGCGCGUCCGGGAACGCAACUGGCUCGGUCGAGUUGCAUCAUCUGUUAAAGACGCACUGAGCUCCCUCGACGAAUAAAAUGUAGCCAAGUACGAUAGCAAGUGGGAAUGACAUCGCAAACUUGAGCCAGAAUAUUUCUCCCCUAUCUUAUCUCUCAAUCUGCCGAUAUCGCGAUGCAUUCUCACGCAUCCAUCAGAUCCCAAACUUUCGGCGGCGGCGAGUCGCGACUUAUCUUCUGCCUUUCCUUGAGCUUCCCUUGUACUAACAUCAUCUCAUGAGUAAGAAUUCAAGUGCGGUAUGUAUGACAUCAUCCGUCGGGUUCUCAUGACUGUAUGAAUUGCCGGACAGAGCUACCGCCCUCUUCCCGUCUCCGACCUCGAGGAGGCCCCAGGCUCACUCGCCGACCCCAAAUCCACGACCAAACGCGCCGUUUUCCGCAUCCUCGCCGCCGCCGCGCUUGCCGUUAUGUUGUUCUCCGGUCUGCGCCAGGUGACGCGUCUCGCGUGCUCCAAGGGCGUCCAUCGCAGCAUGGGAACUGCCACGUACGGGCUCCCCACGCACCGCACCCUUCCCUCGGGCGACCAUAUUCCGUCCGUCGCGUUGGGCGUGUGGAAGGCGGAGAAGAAUCAGGUUGGCGAGGCCGUCAAGGUCGCGCUCGAAGCUGGGUACCGUCACAUUGAUGGCGCAUGGAUCUAUCGUAAUGAGGCCGAAGUCGGUCAAGCACUGAAAGAAAGCGGGGUUCCUCGCAAAGAUGUUUGGCUCACGUCCAAGUUGUGGAACAGUUUCCACGCACCUGGAGAUAUCGAAGGUACUCUGGACGAUUCUCUGAAGAAGCUGGGAACAGAUUAUCUCGACUUGUACCUCAUUCACUGGCCUGUCGCGCAGAAAGUUGCAGGGAAGGGUUACGACAAGGAGCUCACUGAGAACCCGUACCCGACCUGGAAGAAGUUGGAAGAGCUUGUCGAGAAGGGCAAGAUUCGAAACAUUGGUGUCAGCAAUUUCAAUAUCCGCAGACUGGAGAACUUGACCUCGAACCCUCUGAAGAUCAAGCCUGCUGUACUGCAGGUCGAAAUCAGCUACCUGUUCCCGCAGCCGGAGCUCUUGCAAUGGUCCAAGGACAAUGGUCUCCUCCUUGAAGCGUACUCGCCAUUAGGUGGCGAUGGCCGCGUAGGCGAGACCCUGAAUAUGCCUGUGGUGAAGGAGAUUGCGGACGAGCUCGGGAUGACCCCCGCCCAGGUCAUCAUCUCAUGGCACGUCCAGCGCGGUGUCAUCGUUUUACCCAAGAGUGUGACACCGUCGCGAAUCGUCGAGAAUCUGCAAGUGAAAGCGUUGCCACCUGCCUUGUUCGAGAAACUCGAAAAGGCCGCGGUCUCGCAUCCGCCUGCGGCACGGCUCAAUCCUAGCAAAACUUGGGGGCUGGAUUUCGAUAUUUUUGAAUGAUGUUACGAUAGAACUCAGUCAAGUAGACAGUCCAAGUGGAAAUAAUAAGGUUUGGACUUGCACUACAUAA